AUGCUGCCAAAGCUGACGCAAAAACGCGGUGUCAAGUUCGUGCCGACGGAGAUAGAGCCCGCAUUCGUGACUGCCCGGCGAAAUGCACUGCUUGAACUCAAGAGUAUCGACGCCAUUCGCAUUUCGUGUUUCGGAAAAGGCAGCAGCUACACGAUCGAGGUUUUCGCGGAUUCGCCACACUCUCGGCUAACUACCAACACAACCUCGACCACCUCGAGUGCCAGUACCGACGCGCCAACAACUCAAGACGGAGCGUGCUCGCGCAGGCCAACGGUGCGUAUCGAAAGUGAUCUCGGCGAAUUCGUCGACCUGCGCGACAAGGUGUACAACAGCAUGUUUGAGGCUCACUACAAGGGGUACUGCAAAUUCUGCUUGAGGGUACUGGGCGUGGUGGUCGAAGGAGUGGACCCGGGCGGAGUAUUCUUCACUUUGUUUGGCCAAGACCGCGUGGUGCGCAAACUCACCAAGUUCAUGGAAGAUCUACUCGCGCGCACAGUGGGGCACGCAAGCGCAAACACUCAAGGCUGCUGCUCUGCACAGAUUUUGGUCCCUCAAAUCGUGCACGCCUUCCUGUUCACGCCACAGCCACCAACAGCGAGUGAGGCUGCGUAA